AUGCGUUGUCGACCGAUGAAUCCUCGAUGUCAUAGAUUCAAGGACAAAACUGGACAAAGGUUAGUGUGUUUCAAUCUUAAAAAUUCUAGACAAAGGAAAGAGCAACGUAUUUGCGUUUGACGAGUUGAAACGUACAGACGUUAGCGCUUUAUAAGUAAAAAGGAUAAUAAUAUUCAUUGAUUCAAAAUGCAGAAAUUGAUAUUUCUAACAGUUCUCUUCUUUUGUGGGGUCAUAGCAGAAAAUUGUGAAGAUAAUAGUAAGAAAGAAGAAUGUGCUUUAGUAGCACCUUUAGAUCAAGAUGAAAAUUGGAAAUCAGCUUCUACUAUUUAUGAUUUUCAUGCUAAAGAUAUUCAUGGAAAUGAUGUGUCACUCAAUAAAUAUCGUGAACACGUUUGUAUAAUUGUUAAUGUUGCUAGUAAUUGUGGACUUACAGAUACAAAUUACAGAGAACUUGUACAAUUAUAUGAAAAAUAUAAUGAAAAAGAAGGUUUAAGGAUUUUGGCAUUUCCAUCAAAUGAAUUUGGCGGUCAAGAACCAGGAACCUCUGCAGAAAUUUUAGAAUUUGUCAAAAAAUAUAAUGUUACUUUUGAUCUAUUUGAAAAAAUUAAUGUUAAUGGAAAUAAUGCACACCCAUUAUGGAAGUGGUUGAAGACACAAGCAAAUGGAUUCAUAACUGAUGAUAUUAAAUGGAAUUUUACUAAAUUUAUUAUUAACAAAGAAGGAAAAGUUGUUUCUCGAUUUGCACCAACUGUUGAUCCUCUGCAAAUGGAAUCUGAGUUGAAGAAAUAUUUUUAAUUGCACUUACAAUACUCUUUUAUUUGCUUGAUUCAGUUUUAAUCACCUGUAAUACUCUUAUUAUAUAUUAAUUGUUAUUAAGAUUAUUUUUAAGAUUGUUAUAAGAAUGAAUUUUUAAUAUCUUUGCUGUUGUCUUCUUUACUUUAUAUGAACAGAAUUUAAAAUUAUUUUCUAUAUAAUGAAAUUUUGAUUGAAAGUUAAAAGAUUAUAUACAAAUAAAUAUUUCUGUUCAUAAUUUACAAACA